UCUGCGCGGGUUUCUUCUUCGAGGUGCGUUCGGUGCUGCAGUCGUCGUCGCCGGUUCGCCGCUGGCGGCGGCGGUGGUGGUCGGCGGGGGGAGGAGUCCGGUCAUGGCGGGCGAGGGAGGAGCUCCCGAGGCGGAGGGCGGCCGUCCCGGCGAGCUCCCGAGCUCGGGUGCGGGCGGAGGGGGAGCGGGAGCGGGGGAGGGAGGCCCGCCGUCGGAAACCCUAGCCGCGGCGACCCCCGCCCCGUCGCCGCGGGGCGAUCGUGAUCGGUGCGAAGGUUCGAAGGCGAGUUCUGCUGCGGUGGAAGAAUCCAAGGAGCAAGUUCAACAGUCCCACCAGGAAGUUCUAGCAGUUGGAACAGUGGAGGCGGUUCGAAGAGAGACACAGAACCAGCUGCAUUCAUCAUCUUGUCCAAUGGCGUCAUCACAAUUAUCACCAACUUCUGUUACUCAAUCUAUUUCGUCAAUUCCGAGUCCAACUCCAGUAGAACAAGGUUCCGGGAUGAAGGUUACGGAUUCCUGCAUGCCAGAUCCGGACAUAAGAAGUUCUUACACGAGGAAUGUCCCUAGAGCUCUAAGGACGUCUAACAUCGAUGGUUACAACUGGAGAAAAUAUGGUCAAAAGCAAGUCAAAAGUCCCAAAGGUUCAAGAAGUUAUUUCAGGUGCACAAACACAGAAUGUUCUGCAAAAAAGAUCGAGUGUUGUGAUGAGCUAGGCCAUAUGUUAGAGACUGUUUACAGAAGUCAACAUAACCAUGAUCCACCAAAGAAGGUCAAUGGCAUGUUGGAGGGUAAAUUUGAAAUAUCUGUUGGGCCUGCUGUCAAGAAUCUUUCUAAUAAUCAGUCAGCCGGAGUGCUUGAUGAUUCAGUUCCAACCACUUCUUCCAAGGAGCUAGUCCAAGAAAUUCCUGCUAGAACCAAAAGUGAGCAUCAAAAUUCAGGUGGCUUUGGUGGAAAUGGGGAAACUACCAUAAAGAAUGAGCUUGUCAAUGAAAUAGAGCCUAGACAAAGUGGUAACAAGAACAAGUCGUUUCACUCGGAUCCUCAACCGAAACCUGGAAAGAAACCUAAGAUUGUUGUGCAUGCAGCGGGUGAUGUGGGGAUCUCUGCUGAUGGUUACAGGUGGCGAAAGUACGGGCAGAAGAUGGUAAAGGGAAAUCCUCACCCCAGGAAUUACUACAGGUGCACUUCAGCGGGUUGCCCAGUUCGUAAACAAAUUGAGACGGCCAUAGAUAAUGCAAAUGCCGUCAUAAUCACUUACAAGGGAAUACAUGACCAUGACAUGCCAGUUCCCAAAAAGAGGCAUGGCCCACCAAGCGCUCCCCUUAUUGCUGCUGCUGCUCCAGCUUCCAUGAGCAGUGCACAGCUUAAAAAAGUCGAUGCAUCCCAAAAUGGAAAGGCUUCGACCCAAUUGUCUGUAGAUACAGGGGGUGAAUUGACUGGAAAGGCCAUGGAACUUGGAGGUGAGAAGGCAAUGGAAUCAGCAAGGACUCUUCUAAGCAUCGGAUUCGAAAUCAAGCCCUGUUGAAAAGUGAAUAGAUAUCUGAACUGGAGUAGAAUUAAUUGCCAGGUUUGAAUUUUUUCAAUUUUUUUGCCCAGUAGUCUGUAUUUAUUUUGAUAUAUGUCUUUCUCUGUUGUAGUCUCUUUGGGCGCCUGUAUAGUUCCCCUUUAAAUGCCCUGUAGAAUCUGUUUAAAUAGAGGAGAAGAGAUAGUGUGUAGUGCACAUAAAGUCAUGACGUUUAGCGAAUGCAGAAAUAGCGUAUGCAUGAUUGCAUUUAUCAUCCA